AGGAAUCAUUGGCAGCUCUUUAUUCUCUCUCCUGUCCAAAACACUAUUGUCUUCUUGUGUUCUUUGGGGAAUAAGCCAAAUAGACAAUUCAAAAAUAUUAUUGAUGCUGCAAUGGAGGCAAGCCGUAGGCUCAACUCAAGAAAGGGAAGAGUGAAAUGGAUUAUUCCUGUGUCUCGAAUGCAAGUUGGGAAUUAUGAAUGUGGGUAUUAUGUGAUGCUGCAUAUGUUGAAUAUUGUUUCGGCGGUAAUUCUUGAAAUGUGGGAUGAGCGAUUCGCCAAUCCGGAACCAUUCUCAUCAGAAGAGAUUGAUGAAGUACGAACUCGUUGGGCAUCAUAUUUCUUAGAAAUGACGCAAUCCAUCAACUACACAUGAUGAACCUGUUUGUUUAAGUUUUUGAGUGAUUAUGAGACUUGUAACUUUAUACAAUUUGUUAUUACUCUAGACUUGUGCAAGCUAAGGAUUGUUUUAUUUUAGCUUAUUAUUAUGUACUAAAUUGUUACUUAAACUUGUUUAACAUU